AUCUCUUCAGCGCUCUAAUUGUAAAGACAAGGUCAUUUGCCCACCGCUGGUUAUUCUGUCCAUUUCAAAUCUACUGUUCAUCACCCAUGUCUUUUCAUAAGUUGUGGAGGAAAGCACAAGACAAUCCGACUGAAUUUUCAGUUUGGAUCAGCCUUUUGGAUCUCGUUGAAAAACAGCAAAAUAUUGAGUAUGCUAGACAAGCCUUUGAUGCUUUUUUCAAACGUUUCCCAUAUUGCUAUGGUUAUUGGAAAAAGUUCGCUGAUAUGGAACGCCAUAAAGGAAAUAAGGAAAAGUGUUUACAAGUUUACGAAAUGGGAGUUAAGACCAUACCUUUGAGUGUUGACCUCUGGACGGCCUAUUUGGACGCUGCUACUGAAUACUACCAUACGCAUGAUGACUAUGAAACUAAAAUGCGCAGUCUCUAUGAAUCUGCAGUGGAUUCUGCUGGGCUUGAAUUUCGUUCUGAUGCCUUGUGGGAGCACUAUAUCAGCUGGGAAAGUGGACACAAUAGACUAGUUAAUGCUGCGAAUAUAUAUGCUCGUUUAUUAUCAAUCCCAACUCAACUUUACUUUCAAAAUUGGGACAGUUUCAAUAAAUUAGUAGAGGAAAAUCGUCCUGAGGAUAUACUGUCUAAAAAUGAGUUUGCAAGUAUGGUGUCACAAAUUUCAGCGGCUACUGGCAAGCCUAUCUCACUUGAACAAUCAACAGGAGACAUUAGUGAUGAGUUGGAACCACCAAUUUUAGGAUCUACAAAGCCAGUGAUCGAAAUAACAGAUUCUGUAAGGGCAUCUGUACGACAAAUGAUAAUUGAUUCGCGUGAACAAAUUUAUCGGGCAACUUAUAUGCAGAUUAUGCGGCGGUGGUAUUUUGAAGAAAAGAUCCGACGUCCAUAUUUCCAUGUGAAACCUCUUGAAGAAGUGCAACUAAAUAACUGGGCUGAAUAUUUAAGUUUUGAAGAAGCAGAAGCAGGAACUGUAAUUUCACAUAUAAGAGAACAAAUAAAAGUGACUAAUCAGUUAUCUGAUGAUAAAUUAGAAGAAGCUGUUCUUGAAUAUCCUGAAGUAAAACUUGCUAAACGUCGUGUUCGUGUUCUUUAUGAGCGUUGUCUUGUUGCUUGUGCUCUAUAUGAACACUUCUGGAUACGUUAUGCAAAAUAUUUAGAGUAUACUGAAGGAGAUAUAUCUGCUGCACGUGAAGUAUGGCGACGUGCUUGUAUCACUCAUUUACCGUACAAGCCAACCAUUCAUUGGCAUUGGGGUUGUUUCGAGGAUAGAUAUCCUGCAUGUUUAGAUAAUCCUCAAAAAUUCGAAGUCCUUACUUGUCUCGAUAUUUUGACAGACUUAGAGAAACGCUUAACGGAUAGUGCUCUUGUAUGUUGUAGACGAGCAGAUGCUUUAAGAAGAGCAGGGAAACCACUGUUCGAUAUUAUCGCUUGUUUGCGCAACGGUAUCAAUCGGCUUCGUUAUCUAGUUCAGGAGCAAAAUAAAGUAGCACAAUGCGUUUCUGGAGCUACUGCUUCUCGCACUGUAGCACAAGCUAUUGCUACUGCAGCACAAGCUCGUGCAGGAGCGGGUGUUCUUGCUGGUCGUCUUGCUCGAUUGUUUCAUCGCAACGAAUCACUAGCCCCAGACGGAAUACCUGUAUGGAUGUUGUUGCUCAGUACGAAAUAUGAAGAGGAAGAGGAUGAAUCGAUGAUAAUUGACCUACCUAAAAUCGAAGAAACUAAUCUCAAAGAAAAAAUUGUGGGAGCAGAAAGUAAUGAUAACCUCAAUGAGAAAUCAGAUGAAGCUUCCAAAUCUCCUGAGGCUACGAAAGUCGAUGAAGAAAAUAUUACAGAUGAAGCAAAAGAAAUCAAUACUCUAACUAGCGAUCGUGAAUCUGAUUCGGAUAUUGAAGCUGCCUCGUCUGAUAACGAUGUGACAAUGGAUGAAGAAACUGAUGAGGAAAGCUCCGAGAAGCCAGCAAUGGAUGCAACGACGACAUCCAACAAAGAUGAGCACACAAAUGAGGAUGCUUUAGAUGAAUCUGGCUCUCCUCCCAUUCUGGUUGUUCCUUGUUCACAAAAAAAGAAAAAACAUCAUAAGCGUAGGCACAGGGAAAGCAAAAAGUCGAGGCGAAAGCAUAGUUCUAGCAAAAAACCGAAACUGGAAGAUGAGAAUUCUGAAAAAGAAGAUAAAGAUGAAGAAAAUGCUGAGGACGUAUCAGGGGAUGAGUCAAAACCAGUUCCUGAGGUUGACCAAACAGCUGAAGAAGAGGAACGUAUACGUAUACUUCUUAACAGACGACACAAAGUAAUUGAGAUUCACGCCCCUUCCCCAUCGGAACUUACGGACGAGGAUCGUGUCGUUAUUUCUUGCGAAGAAGCAGCUAUUAAAGUCCUUAAAGAAGCCAUUGAUUAUGACCCACGUAACGAGCGGUUGUAUGCCCAGUUACUCGAUAUUAUCUAUCAACGUAGGCCGGUUGAUAUUGAAGGAUUUAUUGAAGCCACUAAUCUUGCCACAAUUGAUUCAGUUUUGCCAGCGCAUAUCAAAUUGGCUUUCUGUCAACGUAAGCUACAAUUUUUAGAAGAAUUCGAUACUGAUUUAUCUAGGUUAAAUGCUACAUAUGAAGAAUACAUGAGUCUUUGUGAUGCAAUCAAUACUGGUGUAACCACGUCAGCUAUUGCUCGUGGAGCUAGCAGACUUAUAAGUGGUUACCAGUUGCCAGAUCUUUUAAAUUUACCAACAACUUCUCUCAGAGUUAGUUCAGUAAUUGGAGCAAAUUCCUGUGAAAUGGUAGUUUCUGCUGCACCAGUUGGUCGUACACCUUGUUUAAAUACUGACCAAUCAGCUUUGGAAGCUGCUGCUUCAGUUGGAACACCAGCACCUGAUCCAUCCACUGCCGCUGGUUAUUACACUGCUGGAGGAUAUGAACCAUUGGCUGCCGCUCUUGGUAAUACAUCUGGGCUUCCACCUCCUGUCCCAACAGGUAUACCCGUCAUGACACCUUCAGUUACAAUUCUUCCCGGCGUGUCGGAUACAUCGACUUCAGGUGCGGCUGGUUUGACAGCAGAUGCAUAUGCAACUUAUUACUAUACUGCAACAACUGGUGCUUCGUCUGUUCUCGCGCCUGUCAUUGUUCCAGCGGCAGUAGAUGUCAAUUUGUCUGCAUCAUCAGGGGUUACCUCAUCGAUAGUAACUUCAGUAACCACAUCUCUGUCAUCAACGAUAUCCGUUGGACAAUAAUUUCAUGUGCCACAUUCGGUGUUUUUUCUAAUGGCUCUUGAUGCUUCCCACUUUGUGUUUAUUACGUAUUUUUACGAAAUCAUUUUGUUGUGGUUCGCUAAAUAUAUAUGUAUCUAUAAGAUGGUUUACAUUCGUUGCUCAUUGUAUGUGUUAAUCUUUGUAUUAUUUAAUGGGAACUGUAAUUGCAUUCACUUAAUCUCGGGCUUUUUCGGUUAGAUGAUGUGGUUCGUGGAUUUACGAUAAUCUUUGUGUAUUGUUUGAUUAGUUUUUAUGAUCUGUUAAAGUAUUUCUGGAUUAUGUUUAUUGAUAAUAGAUUUUCUAUUUCGUUUAGGUU